AAUCAACACUUUGCUUUAAUUCUUUUUCCUCCCACAGGUCCCUUGUGAAAGACUCCUCUCCUGUGCCUCUGAUGGAUGUCACCAAUUUAUCCACACCUCGGAAAUUCCUUGAGACUUCCCAGUUCAGUACUCCUGGAAGCUCCAGCAUGCGAGACUCGAGCCUGCUGGAAAUCAAAGAGGACACAGAGCUGGAUCCAGAGGAGAACAGCGCUGUCUUCAUGGGAAUCCUCAUCAAGGGGCUGGCCAAGCUGAAGAAGAUCCCAGAAACAGUGAAAGCCAUCCAGGAGCGCUUGGAGCAGGAGCUCAAGCAGAUUGUGAAGCGCUCCACCACCCAGGUGGCUGACAAUGGCUACCAGAGAGGGGAGAACAUUUCCCAGGAAAAUCAGCCUAGGUUGCUGCUGGAGCUGCUGGAGCUGCUCUUUGACAAGUUCAACGCGGUGGCCGCCGCGCACGCCGUGGUGCUGGGCCACCUGCAGCAGACUGUGGCCUCCCCCUGCAGCCAGCACGACGGGGACAUCAAGCUCUAUGACAUGGUGGACGUGUGGGUGAAGAUCCAGGAUGUCCUGCAG